AUGGUGUUCUGGGGAGCUGAAGUGAGAUCAGGGAGGCCUUUUACUCUGAAGGCUUCGGAAGCAACUGGAAUACAAAGGCUUCACCUUUCUCAGGCGACAUUGGGGCUUGGAAAUGCAGCAGGAAGAAGCGUUCUUCAGUGUAACGUUGGGAGCUGUAGUCCUGUCAUCUUAUGUAGCCUGUCUCCUGAAAAGAUUGAGUCUUGCCAGUUGAACAUAGUGUUUGAAGAAGCUGAUGAUGUCAUCUUCUCUGUGCUUGGAGCUGGUAGCAUUCACCUUAGUGGCUACAUCCUUGGAACUAGCACAUAUUUUAGUCAAAAUGAUGACGAAUUGGAGUCAUAUGGAGAAGACAUUGGUUUCUCAGAUAUGGACAAUGGUAGCGUCGGUGAGUACGACUACGAUGACAGUUUUAUAAAUGACGAUGAUCUAUCUGCCGAUCUAUCCGCCGCUGAUGAUGAAGUGUCCACAGAGAUUCCUUUGCGUUCAAGGAUUACGAGGUCAAAAGCCAGAACUUCAAGUUCCGUAUUAUUCUCUGAGAAUGGUGAUGAUGAAACUUCACCAAAGAAACUGAGGAAAACGAAUAAGAGAGAGGAUGAAACUACAGACAUCCAGAAAAAUCUAGUCGAGUGUUUGGAGAAGAACAAACAAGCUUUCGACAACAAGAACAUCGAUGAAGAAGCUGUUACUACAAAAUCACUAGAAUCAGAGAUUCCAUCAACCGAAGAGAUCGCAAAAGAAAAUUUAGAUGGAGAAGUAGCUGCCGAUGGGAACAAGGGAUGCGAGUUGGUAAUUCCUACGCAGAAGAGGGACUGA